AUGUUAACCGUUGUAUGUGCCGACGGUAAUUGUAAGUGGAUGUUACGUGCUUCGAGUGUGAAGCAGUCCGCCAUCUUCAUGAUCCGUAAAUUCAACAAUGUGCACACAUGUUCCAUAGAUUAUCGUCGUAAUGUACAUCGACAUGCCACUAGUUCCGUAAUUGCUGAGCACAUUAUGGGAAAAUUGGAUUAUACGUACGGAUCGUAUGAUCCUACCGCUAUUGCUCGUGACAUGGAACGUGAGUUUGGUGUGAAAAUUAGUUACCAUCAGGCUCGUAGGGGAAAGGUCGCUGCUUUACAUUUGCUACAUGGUACGCCAGGUGAUAGCUUUCAAAAACUUUCUUCAUACUGUCACGUCCUAGGAGAGAGUAACCCGGGGACAGUAACGUACAUCGAAGUAGAUUCUCGUAACAGGUUUCACUACCUUUUCCUAGCUUUCGGUGCAAGCAUUCGGGGUUACUUACAGUACAUGAGGCCCGUUAUUUGUGUUGAUGGCAGUUACUUGAAAGGUCCGUACAAAGGUACCCUUCUAUUGGCAACUGCCCAAGACACCAACAAACAGAUUUAUCCGUUAGCGUGGAGGAUUGUUGAUGCCGAAACGAAUAGAUCGUGGAUGUGGUUUUUAUCAAAUUUGAAAGAUCUUAUAGGUGAUUCGGACGAACUGGUGUUUGUUUCCGACAGGAAAAAUAGUAUUGAAAAUGUCAUUGCUCACCUAUUUCCUCGGGCUCACCACGGAAUCUUUGAACUCAAUGUUGAGACAUGCCCGUUCGUUACCGAUCACGUGCUUAGUGGAACACAUUCGGCAUACUAUGCAGAAGUAGUUUUAUGA